AUGACCGAGGAUAAUAAAGCAAAAUGGAAAUGUGACCAAUGCUUCUCGAAUGCGCGAAACAAUUUGUCAGUAAAUAUUCCUACAAAUUACUCGUUCGAGAUCUUAACUGACGAUGAAAACUCUGAUAUACUGACCAUAUUAACGCAAAAUAGCAAAACUAAUAGCUGCCCAGAUUUGAAAAAGUUAAACGUGGAAAAUAGAAUAGAAAAUCUUGAGACACAAAAUCGAGAACUAAAAGAAAAACUACAAAUUGCUGAAGCAGAAAUAGAAAAUAUUCUAUUAGAAAAUACCUUAAAAAAAUACCACUAUCAGAAAAACCAGAAAGAGUAUGAACAAACCAGUCUUGAAUUUUCUGGAAGAUGA